GCUUAUUCUCUGUGUGGUCAAGCUAGGCUGAGACACAAGAGGCCGCUCUUGAAGCGAAAAGGGCGAAAGCCAGCGCAGUGGUUUUCCCGUUUGACAGCAGGGGCUUGUUUUACAGCACAAAACAACAAGGAUGAAGACUCACAAGCGGCGAUGCAGCGACACAGAUAACAUUAGGGAAGUGUAGCUGAAGUACCGCCAUCUCGAUCAUCCGGCAAGCGAAGCGACGUAAACACCAGGCAACUUGAAUGUCGACGGAGCUGCAGAGCCGCAUCUGUGUGCCUUAGUUGAAGUGCUCCUGGAUUUGUUGUUGUUAGCAGCCAAUGCUAACUAUAGAAGUUGCGAGCUAGCUGGCCUAGCAAGCUAAUAGUCAAAGCGAGUUAAAGACAGUUUAGCCACAUAUGUCUGAGUUUUAACCAACCCGGAAGACUUAACGCGGGGUUUGCUUAGCUGAUGGAGCCAGCUAACCUUGUAUUCAGUUGUUUAAGAACUGUAGCUUUGGUUGAUUAUCAGUCAUAGUAGUUGCCUAGCUCGUCAGUUAGCCACCACUUUCCGUGGAAGAAUGAGUAGAAAACACCGUCAUUUUAAAGGAGCCGAAGUCAGCUGCUGUGUGAAAUACGUUUUAUUUGGAUUCAACAUUGUAUUCUGGUUACUAGGAGCUGCAUUCUUGGGUAUAGGCUUGUGGGCAUGGGCGGAGAAGGGCGUGCUGUCCAAUCUGUCAUCCAUCACAGAUUUAGGGGGCUUUGACCCUGUAUGGCUCUUCAUCGUCGUCGGAGGGGUCAUGUUCAUUCUGGGCUUUGCUGGAUGUAUCGGAGCGCUCAGAGAGAACACCUUACUGCUUAAAUUUUUUUCUGUGUUCCUGGGUUUGAUCUUCUUCCUGGAGCUGACUGCAGGGAUCCUUGCCUUCGUCUUUAAGGACUGGAUCAAAGACCAGCUUAACUUUUUCAUCAACAAUAAUGUCAAGGCAUACCGCGAUGACAUCGACUUGCAGAAUCUCAUCGACUUUGCCCAGGAAUAUUGGUCAUGCUGUGGAGCGCACGGGCCUGACGACUGGAACAUGAACAUCUACUUCAACUGCACUGACAGGAAUCCCAGUAGGGAGCGCUGUGGCGUUCCCUUUUCAUGCUGCAUCAAAGACCCUGCAGAGGAUGUCAUCAACACACAGUGUGGUUAUGAUGUUCGGCAGCAAAUGGAGUUGGACCGGCAGAAGUUUAUCUAUACGAAGGGCUGCGUGGGACAGUUUGAGAAGUGGCUUCAAGACAACCUGAUUAUUGUAGCCGGCGUCUUUGUUGGAAUUGCACUUUUACAGAUUUUUGGUAUCUGCCUUGCUCAAAACCUCGUGAGUGACAUCAGAGCUGUCAAAGCCAACUGGUGACAGGAGAAUUGAAGUGGGGCGGCCCCAGCACCAAACUCGCAUAGCACACCGUCCGGCUGAGGCGGACAGCCGGCAACUUUUGCCACUGAGCUAAGCAACACACACACAUGCUCUCACACACUGAUAUGUGUGUGAGUGACGCUCGAAAAAGAAAAUAUAUUUCACAGACAAACCAAACAGUCAGAACUUUGUUUACCACUCAGCUGGGAUUUUAACCCAAAUAUACAGAAGAGAGUCCUGCCUACUUUUUUUCCCCCUCUAUUAUUUUUUUUCUUUCGAGAAAUUUAUUUAAGGCACGCAGUUGCACAAGGACACCAGAAAACUCGGAGAUCAGAAGCCAUGGAUAAAAGACAACAACAGCAAAAAAACAAAACAAAAUGAGGAAAAACGUCUUUUUUCAAAAAAAAGAAAAAAAAAACUCAAGCAACAUGUUGUCACAGAGCCUUUGUCCUGCUCCGCAAGGGGGCUGAAGAUCUUCCCUUAAAGUCAGCUCGCACCCACACCCACACUUCCUUCUCCUCCAGAGGACGAUGACUGGCUGGCCGCAUGGAUUCGUCUGCGUGUCAUUUUUCUCCUUUGUGACCUUUUUUAUGACCACUAAAAAAACAAACAAAAGAGAGACUGAACUGAACACUGGUCGGUCAUAUCUGCAAAUUUAAGUCACUUCAAGAGUUUUCUGUUCAAGUUCAAAUGUAAAAAGUGCCAUUAAUUUCCAGUUUUGUGUCCUUCCUGUUCUGUACAUGGAACUUGUGCACCUCGACCGCUCCCUUCCCUUAUACCUCAGGGCCUGGCUAAAAAUGUGUUUCCUUCCGCCAGUUAAAAGCAUAUCUUAUUUUUCCAUCCGUGUCUGUUGAAUUUAGAUCAACGCCAAAAGUUACCCCAUUCGCCCUAUGGUGAUUGCAUCAUCUGUUUGAGUGUAUUGUAUGACAUGAAAUAGUAAGGAUUGUAAGUGUGUGCUAUACAGAGAAAGAGGGUUUAAUGAUAGAGGUUGUUGUUUAUCUCCGAGCAUCCCUCAAGCACAUGGGAUUGCUAGUUUGGGGCCUUUUUAUCUUCUUUUUUCUUUUUACUUGACUUCUGUGUACCAUAUUUGUCUUAUAUUUUUGUCUUUGCAAAAGAACAUAUGUCUGUUGUUAAAGAUGUUCUUUUAAUUCUUCAUUCAUUUCCUGUCAUUUAUAGAUAAAUCUGUUCUCGGGUUCAUUGUUAAGCUUUACAGGCACCUGUUUUACUUCCAGCUCAUCAGUCAGCUGCAAAUUAGCUUCGUAUUGUGAAUGUUAGCGGUCCUAAUGGAGACCAAAUAAUAUCAUUAGCUAACUGCCAAGGUUUUGUCUGGCCACAAUUCUGUUGUUAUCAGGAAUGCCAAACGAUAACAAAUGGCAUUUCCACGGCCAAAAUGUGAAUUCAUUGUCCCUCCAUGUGGGAAGUGCCAGUUGAACCUAGAAAUCAAAUGACAAUUAAACAAUGUUACAGUAACGCUUUUAUCUUUUAAUUCAGUGUUGUCUUUUUUUUUUCCCUUUUGGAUUGUUUUUUUUUUUUUUUUAAAAUAGAAUAGCAAAUACACGCCGUACCAUUUUAAUAUUAGCGACAGUCUCAAUAUAACAUGAAUGCUGCUUUUAACUUUGACUAGAUUAUUGAUGGUGUAUUACAAUAGUCGAGCUAACAAUCUAUCUCACGUGGCGGCAUUUGUAGAAAACGGUCUGGCCGCUACGGUUUCCAUCUGAGGAAAUAGUCACAUUAUUUUUCAUGUUAAAGUUUACACAUUAUACGUCACCGCCUUUUUAAUUAUUAUGGGGUCCCCCCCCCCCCCCCAUUUAUUCAGUCAUUCAGAACACUCUUGGAGUGAGUUCAGUUCUGCUAUAACUGGCUUCACUCAGUAAUUCUGUAUAUUAUUCAAAGCAUUUAACCACAACAGCUGUUUCUGGCUGUCACAAUGUCAUUCGGAUACAUUGCACAAGCUAGAUUAGGAACGGAUUUACUUGACUGCACACACAGGUCCAUAUAUACACACUUUAGAUAUAUACACACACACUCUCAAAAAUGAGAAAACAUGUUUGGAAUUGCAAUGCAGACUAGCUGAAAGAUGAGUAGCAUUAAUAUUCUGUGAACAGUGCAGGAAAACUUUCCCUGCUUCUCUCUCAGAGUCGGUCUGCAGAAUACAUAUACAUAGGAGUUCUUUCAGCGACGCCACCUUAAGAUCGUCUGUCGUGUGCACAUGUCACAUGUUGCUUUUCACCCACGCCCCCUCCCUUUUGAAAAAAAAAAAAAAAAAAAAAAAGAAGAAAAAUCAAAAAUCUACCUGAUCAUAGUGCACCUGUUUCAGAGCCUCUACCAUUCUGAUGUAUUUUUAAACAUCGGGCUCUUUUGACAAAAGAGGAACACACGACAAAGUGGGAGUCAUUUGAGUUUAGGCGCCGCGAAUGCACAAGUAGAAAUAUCGCCAGCGGAGAACAAUGCAUCUGCACAAGAGCAACAGAGCCUUAAUGACUUCUCCCCGGUUCAGGUAGAUCCGUGUGUAUAGGAGAGGCUCUUUUAUAUCAGCACUUUAGGUCUAAUCAGUGAGUAACAGCUUCCAGUAAUCUCCAAAAACAGAUUUCAUUUAGAAUAAAUAUGGAGUCGUUUUACAGGAUGUACUUGCAGUUAAUUCUCACCUGGAGUUAUAUUUUCGUGACGUGCCGCGAAAGUUGUUUGUCAUGCUUUGUGUGUGGGCUUCUUUGAUUUCACUUACUGUUCAGUCUGUUAGAUGAAUCUGGAUGAAACCUGUGUGUGUGUGUGUGUGUGUGUGUGUGUGUGUGUGUGUGUGUUUUGUUGUUUUCUUUUUUCUCUUCCCUCCAUACAUCUGUGGGUUGAAACGAAUGUGUGCCACUAAUUAACAAAUGAGAAAGUUUAACAAAUCUGUGAAGCAUUUUCAUGUUUUUUUUUUUUGGGGUUUUUUUCUCUCUUCUAAAAAUCUUAAUUGGAAAGUCUUUGCUCAGGGUCUUUAACACACCGUUCCCUCCAAAGACCAAAGAGAAAUAACAGAAGAGUGCAUUUGCAUAGGAUGAGAUCCUGUGUUAUGUUUGAUGAAGUGAAGAGCUGCAGCCGUUUGAGUUAUGCUGAGGAUCUGGCUGAACGCAGGCGGAGGCCGUGAGUGUCAAUUCUCCUGGACUACAGUUCUGCAGCUCUUAAAUAAAAACCGCUCUGCAGCCAACAUCAUGCUUGAAUGGAUGUGCCAAGACAGUCACCUUGGUAAUAAGGAUAAUGAUGCCAUAAUAAUUCGCAGUAGCCGCCUGGCAGGAUUUAAAUAUGCAGACUCCACAGAGGUGAACUUGCUCGAGUAUGUUUGUUUUUAACGGCUUUGGCUAAUUCUGCUUUUGUAUUCCUGUAAUGCAGGGUAAAGCAGGAGGGAGAGAACGAUGCUAAUUACGCUUUGUCCUUUAUCAUAAUGGCCUUGCAUCAAGAAACACCUUCUUAAUUUUCUCUGCUUCCCCCCUGUGGGUGCUUAAAUCAUUCCUGAGAAGGAGCCUUAUACAUACCAUGAAUGUACAAGUCUGUUAUCAGCGUGGACCUACUGCUCCACAUUCAGUUUGAACUUCCCUUUAUCCUGAUGCAGUGCAAUGCAUAACAUGAAUCGAGAUAAGGAAUGUGAAUCAAGAGUAUGCGGAGAUGUUUUAAUGUUCUUUUCUUGAAGAUUUCUACAUUUUUAAAUAUGUUGUAGCGAGCAUGAAAGCGGAUGAGCAUUCCUUUUCCUCAGUCUCCGUGUGUGUGUGUGUGUGUGUGUGUGUGUGUGUGUGUGUGUGUGUGUGGACCUACAUUUAUAUGCAAUCACAAAACCUUUUUAAUUAGCAGAUACAACCAGUUAACAUCGUCCUGGUUUCUCUGUGUAGCUGAAUAUGUGGAUCUUUUUCUUUAAAUACACAAACUUGUCUGUUCAGGUUGGAAUAAACCAUUAUCGAUUAUUCAUUUGUACUGAUUGAAUUAUCUGAAUGAGCCUUUUAAAAAUUGCUUUACAGGUAUAAUUCAGAGUGGCUGCCAAGUGCGUCGGAUGACAUGUCCUGCGAGCAUGUUUAACAGAAAUGAGCAGCACAUCAGACAUUUGUACGUCUUACCUCAUCGUGUGCACGUGCUCAUGUCACACAGAAUGCAGCUUAACUGGCUCGUUUGCUAGCAUAUGAACAGCAAUACCACACGUGUUAGUACCGACGUUCCCAAAUCGAACACAUUUGUGGUUUGAGCUGGUAUGAAAACGCAUUUGUGUUGAUUUGGUGGGUUUUACAGAGAUGACAUUUAUGAAGACAACUUGUUUGUCAGUCUGAUAUAAACCACCACAAAAAUUUCUGAAGAUCCUCUGUUUUCUUUGUUUGUUUGUUUUUUAUGUUUAAAGCUUUGUGGAUAACAGCAGAAUAAUACCACAAUCGGCCGUAUUUUUCCGAUCUGCCUACUCCGAGGGGUAACCUCGUGAAGAAGUGUUGUAAAUGAAAACUGUGGGACUUGGUCUUUUACACUGUAUAUUCUGUUAAUACAUGCCUCUUUCAUAUAUUAAAGGAUUAUUGAUAAAAGUG